GUAAACCUGACGAUUAAUAUGCGGGUUGCAGAUAAAUUGGAAUGGAAAAACUAUAUGUUUAAGUUUAAGUUGGAGCAACCAGAGUCUACCAAAGAAAAUGAUAACAAGAAUAGUAUUAGUAGUAGUAGUAGUGGUAGUAGUAGUAGUAGUAUUAGUAAUAGUAAUAGUUCAGUUUCUAAAAUAAAUACAUACCUUAAUUUUUGUAUGAAAAGAAUUAACUUAGAACCUGCUAUUCCAUUCAUCAAACCACACUACUACGAAAUCAGCAACAAGAAGAGAAAUAGAUUAUACCCUAUGAAUAUAAACGAAGAGCAAGAACAAAUCAGAAUUAGAGAAUUACGUAUCGAAGAUUUAGAAAAAUCAGAAUCAAAAUCAAUAUCAGAAUCACUAUCCGACAUACAAUCAGAAGAACAACUAUCAGACACUCAAUCAGAACAAUUAUUUAAUUCAGAUUCAGAUUACCAAUCAACAGACGAAUUUGAUAACGACAAUCCAACAAUGGACGCAAUCAGAACAAAACAAUCAGUCCUCACAUUGCUCAACCAAAUCAGAUGGAAAGCUGGAGACAACAUUGAAGCAUGGAAAUCAAAAGCCAUGUUUAUUCUCUCAUCUUUACCAGAAGGACAAGAUUAUUCGAACUACCUACAAUUCGCGCUAGAUGAAACCGUUCUUAAUUGGUAUGCCGGACUUGCAGAGAAACCAGCAACACUCGAUGAUCUCUCGAUGAGACUUGCCGACCACUAUGGUAUUGCCGCCAUUGACGAAACCAACAAAGCCAAACUAAGGAAACUUAAGCUAACACCUGGAAAGAUCGAUGAAUACAACCAAGAAUUCAACCACCUCGCGUACCUUCUGAAUAACGACUCAGAAAGAACCAAGAUCGAAGCAUACCAAAGAGGACUCGACGAAAGACUUGUGUUCCAACUUGACAUCCUCAAUCCAAGCACACUAUCCACUUGCCAGAAGGAAGCCACCAGACUCGAAUCCAAAGGCCAAUAUCUAACUGUUUCCAAGACCAACGCCAACACUACCAGCUCAACCACGUUCCAGUCAAAGAAACCUAACAGCUUUCGCCAAGCACCAAAGAAAUACGAAGAAUCCAAAUAUUACAAGUCAACAUGGACCACCCAAGAAAAACAAGAAGCAAUUCGCUCCGGCGUUUGUUUCAAAUGUGUUCUGGACACUGACUCUAACAUUGACCAAGCUGAUGCUGUUAAAACCAAAGUGUCCAACCAACCAGUUCAUUCCGAUGAAAGAACCACUGCCGAUGCCGAUACCGAAACUAUAACCGAUGUUAAUUCCGAGACCGAGACCGAUGUCGCCAACACCAUGACCGAUGCCAUGACCGAUACCAUAACCGAUGUUACCACAGCCACGACCGAUGUCACCACAGCCACGACCGAUGUCACCAAUACCAUGACCGAUGUUACUGCCGAUGCCACAACGAAUAACGAACCAGCCGAUGCCACAAUUGACCACGAAUUGGACGAUGAAAAACCAACCAAAAAACCUACGAAAGCCAGCAAGAAGCGAAGCAAUAUUGAAAUACCCAAAGAACUACUGGAGAACAACAUAAUGCCAUUCUCGCUCGAAGAUAAAGAAUUCAUGUGCUUAGUAGAUACCGGUUCCACUCAUAAUAUUAUUGACCCAUCCAUAGUGCAAAACCUUCCACUCAUUCCAAGAUCAACAAUAAUAUAUUCACCAGUGUUAAACCAAUCAAUUGAAUCCAAAAGUAUUGUAAAAAUUCAAAUCGCCAUGAAUCACAAACAACCAAUCAACCUAGAAUGCAUUAUAUCUCCAAUCCACUCCGACUACCAACUAAUCCUAACAGAUGAACCACAUUAA